CUAAUUUAUGUCACUGAGCCAGGUAAUUGGCAAUCUCUGUACCUUCUUUUAUCCAGCAGCUGCAUUGAAGACUUUUUCCUUGGUCUUUCUUACUAAGAAAUUCUUUUAAUCACUUUUGAUUCUAUCCACACGUUCCAAGUUGAAUGUGCUUCUAAAGCAAGACUGUCAAGUCCACGGUCCGGAUGCAUCAUGCACUGGUCAUGCCCACACCCGAUUUAGCGAAGGUGGGAAAAGUCCCGAUACGUCACAUGAUGCUGCCGUGAUGACACGAGUUUGACACCCCUGUUGUAAAGUUUUAGAUAUAUCAUGAAACCAGAGCUGUGGUAAAAAUCCAUUUAUCAGGAGAGAGUAUCAAAUUUUCUUUAUAAUGCACCAGAAACAUUAAGCCUGAUGGAUAUCUCUUAUAUAAUUUUAGGUAUUUCCAAAUUUUACAUAUAUGCAAAAUCUGGCCAUUUUGGAAAUAGAAAUAGUCAAGUUUAAAUGCCAAUCUUCUACUUAAUACAUUUUUCUUUACAUCGUAUGUAUAUAUCCCAGCAAUCUUUCAUUUUUGUUACAUUUAUUUUUAAAAAUCUUCUCUGUUCUUCUGCAGGUAAAUCUAGAAUGUAUUAAUCUUUCUGCAAGGCUUGGCUCUUAGCUAGCAUACAGUGUGCUUCGUAUUAUUAGCCUUAUUCUACUAUUGCCAUUAAUUGCUAGAUUUUUUUUAGGCUUCUUUUAUGACUCACGGCAAGUUUAGGAAUUUUGAUGGAGACUAAACAAAACUGGUGGCAACGCUUUUAUUUACCAGAACUGAUUUCCCAUCUUUUUCUCUUUGCCCAUACCCUUCCUUUUAACUCUUGGUUUUGGUAAGGUUUAGCUUAAUUUUUAAUGGUGUGAAUUGAAUAUUUGCUCUCAGUGUUCACUGGUGGAGAAUUAUGUUGAACCCUCAUUUUUAUUCUUUGUUGAUAGAGUAUUAUUCAUCACAUUUUCUUUCAAGGAAAAAAAAGUAGGCUGACUUUUCAUUGGUUAAAUGUUGCCAGUGUGUAAUUGGAAACAGUCAUUGUUGUGCAUUGCCAGUUUGACUGCUUUGCUUCUGUUUCAUAGGUCGAUGCUGGUUAGAUGCCCUGGAAUUGGCCUUGCGCUGCUCCAGCCUCUUCAGGCUAAGUGCUUCUAAGCAAGCGAAAGAUGGAGAUCUGAAUUGCUCAAAUGAUUCUUCACACGCUGGGCUGUACAACUUGCUCCACAUGGCGACGGUCUCAGAUCAGGAACUUUUCCAUCUUAAUGAUUCAGCUCUAGAAAACCAUCACUUGGAGAACGAUGCUUUUUCAGACAAAUCUGAACGAGACAACCUAGAAGAGUCUGAAAAUGAAUUGCAUGAGAAUAGUCGAAAGACAAAUGAGAGUGAGAGUGAUCAAUCUGAAAACCAUGGGGAGUUGUCUCAGGAAAAGAAAGGGACGACCUACCUAGAACAGAACUAUGAAGAAUUUGGAGAGACAGGUGAAUGUUCUCAAACCGAAACUGUGUCUGACGAAAAUAAGGGUUUGAUGUGGAUUCUUCUGAAGCAGCUACGGCCAGGCAUGGAUUUAUCCCGUGUGGUUUUGCCCACUUUUAUCCUAGAGCCACGCUCCUUCCUCAACAAACUUUCUGAUUAUUACUACCAUGCUGAUCUACUUUCCCAAGCUGCUCUUGAAGAAGAUUCAUACUGUCGAAUCAAGCAAGUCUUGAGAUGGUACCUAUCAGGCUUUUAUAAAAAGCCAAAGGGAAUAAAAAAGCCAUACAAUCCCAUUUUGGGAGAGACUUUUCGUUGUUGUUGGUUUCAUCCACAGACAAACAGUCACACAUUUUACAUAGCAGAACAGGUUUCUCAUCAUCCUCCAGUAUCGGCCUUUCAUGUCAGUAAUAGGAAGGAUGGGUUUUGUAUUACUGGCAGCAUUCUAGCCAAAUCAAAAUUUUAUGGUAAUUCACUUUCGGCAUUAUUGGACGGCCAAGCUAAACUCACAUUUCUAAGUUCUGGGGAAGAGUAUGUCAUUACAAUGCCAUAUGCACACUGUAAAG